AUGUCGGACUCUGUCCUCAGCAAGGUAGGCGCACUCGCCAUUCUUAUCGUUCUCAUUAUCCUCUCAGGUUUCCGUUGGUACGGACUCCUCCUGCACCACCGUGGCCUCAAAGCAUACCGCCCUACCCCCCGCGGCAAGUCACCCAGCGACAAUGACCUGCAAGACAUCGCUGUCAUCCUUCCCGUCGUCGACUAUCAGAGCGAAAACUUCAUCCCAACUGUGGAAAGCAUCUUGAAGAAUUUCCCUGGACAGCUCUAUGUCGUAGUUGUCGGCAGAGGCGCAUACGACAAGGUUGAGCCUCAGAUGGCGGCUCUCAGAAAAAAGUAUGGGCACUCGCAAAUUCACAUCGGUGCGGUGAACAAGGCUAGCACGCAUCGUCAGAUUGCUCACGCCUUGAGUACUAUCAACCAUCGAGAUUUUCGGCUGACUGUCAUUACUGAGCAGGGCGCAUACUGGCCUCCCCGGUUCCUCCCAUCCGCCUGCUAUCCCUUUGACGACGAAUAUGUAUCAGCAGUCACUGUUCCCAAGAAGGCGCACAUCCCACCCCAAAGCGGCAUCUGGGCCCACGUCAAGGCGUACCUCUUUUCUUUUCACUACUGUGUUCAGGCUGAGGACAACUGCGCUGUCAACUGUCUGGAUCGUUCUGCCCUGUUUGGUGGUCCUACCACUCUGGUGCGAACUUACCUUCUGAAAGAGAACAGGUUCAAGGACGAAUUUGAAAAGGAGAUGUGGUUCUAUGAGCGAUUUGGUCCUCUCACAGGUGGUGAGCACUUCUUCCUAAACCGUUAUCUCCUGGGAGGCAACAAGAAGAUUUUCUUCCAGGACAGCCCCGAUGCAACGGUUUCAGUGGAGAUGAACUCUAUCCGUGAGUUUAUCGGUGAGUUCCUUCGCACCACUCGAGACAACUGGCGAACUUGCUACUCCAUAGCUCCCCAGUGUGCUUCGCUGUAUUAUCACCAUGGACACGUUAUCUACCCAGCUGCUACUCGGAUGACUUGGUGGCCAACCAUCUUCUCGCUCGCUACACAGAUCGAUCUUCUCACCAUCGUCCUUGUGCUCAACGACAGUCUCCUCAACAAAGCAGCGUUUUGUGUAUUCAUCAUCGUUGCGUUCUUGAUGGCUACUACGCAAGCUGUCUUGGGCCUGUUGGUGGUUAGGCGCAUGCAGCGUAAUGACUUUGACGUUAUUGCGCCGUUAUCUUGUGCGCUGCUGAGUCUUCCAUUUCAGUGUGCUCUCAGUCUUCUCAAGGGUGUAGCUCUGUUGACCUUUUGGAAGAUGGACGAUGAGUCUGUAUCGCAGAACAUCGAGGUGCCUGGGGAGAGAAAUCUUCCUUGGAGCUGGGACUUCAACGAGGGCGACUGGCACGGGGACAUGCCCUUUGGGGGGUCUUGGCUCUUGUUCAAGGCGAAGAAGUAG